UCGUCAGCGUCACUGACGUCGCUGCUGCAGGCGGAUGGCCAGUAAAAGCAGAGUCGGAUGAAGGCUGAUAAAUGAGCCGCGUCCAAUAGGUUUCUUCCAAGAUGACGACCGAGGGGGAAUACGAGUCCGUGCUGUGCGUUAAACCCGAUGUCAACGUUUACCGCAUCCCGCCGCGGGCCACCAACCGCGGGUACAGGGCGGCUGACUGGAAAUUGGACACGCCUGACUGGACAGGCCGCAUGAGAAUAACAGCGAAGGGGAAGGUAGCGUAUAUAAAACUAGAGGACAAAGUCUCAGGCGAGCUGUUUGCUCAGGCACCCAUUCAGGAAUAUCCUGGUAUUGCUGUGGAGACAGUCAGCGAUUCCAGUCGGUACUUCGUGCUUCGAAUACAGGAUGACAACGGUCGCAGUGCUUUCAUUGGAGUUGGGUUUGCAGAUAGGGGUGAUGCAUUUGAUUUUAAUGUUGCUUUGCAAGACCACUUCAAGUGGGUAAAACAGGAGAAUGAAAUAAUCAAAAAUGCUUCGGCUGCAGACUCUGGACCCAAGCUAGAUUUAGGCUUUAAAGAAGGACAGACCAUUACACUCAACAUUGGGCAAGGCAAAAAGAGGGAUAAGCCUCGUCCUCAGAGCUCCGGGGGCCUUGGUCUUCUCCCGCCUCCCCCUGGAGGCAAAAUAGCCCCUCCUCCUUCCUCCUCCAAUCACAACACAGUACAGCCCACAGGAGGGGUAUCGCAGAUUGGCUGUCUGUUAGAACUGGACAGUAAUAACUCUAAUACAGUGGUCCAGUCAAAUCCCAGUUCUGACCUCUGGGGGGACUUCUCAGCUCCUGCAAGCUCUAUUCCUCCUCCUGCACCAAGACAAGAACCUACUUCUGGGAACUGGGUGCAGUUUUGAGGCCACCUCAGCAUUCUGUCUGUUCACAUUAUUUCCUGAGAAACUUCAUAAGUCUGUCAUUGACAAAACAUUGUACAUACAAAUAUCAGAAGCACACGAGGAAGGGUGGAGAGAACCUCGGUGUUAAGAUUGUUUUGUCACCAGCUUAUUUUACUGAGCUAAAAGCCAUUCAAUGAAAAGAAUAAUCCAGUGACCUCUAGUGGACAACAUCUUGCUUGAAAUGUUAAAAUUUUUAGGUGGCAAACGGCCACUGAAGAUACCCGUGUCAGUCGUAUGUACAUGUGUUUGUGAGAAAGAAAAUGGAAGAAAAUGCGUGUGCACCUGUCUGUUAUUUAUGGUCUAUUUAUCAUAAGACAAUACAUGGAAAUCCAAUAUAUUUGCAAUACAUAAUAAAUAUAAUGUGCUUAAACAAGGGAAUUCAAACAACAGUAAUAAAUCUAACCCAUAGGGAUGGUUUCUUAGAAGGGGAUUAGGCCUAGUCUUGGACAAAAUAGCAUUUCGAUUAAAAGGAAAAUAUAGUCUACGACUAGGCUUAACACCUGUCCUGGAAACUGAUCCCUAAAGUGGUAGGGACAGAAUGUCAACUCUAUAAUCUGUACUCAUUUCAUGCUCAUUAUAAGUCCAUCAUGCAUUUAUGACGAAUAAUCAGUGGUCACUUAUAUAUUAAACCAGAAUAAAGUAUUCCAAAAUAA